AUGAUGUGGCGACGGUCAUUGCAGCUGCUGCUGGGGGCAACCCUGAUGGCUGGCCUGUGUCCUGGCCUGGCGAGCGCGCAGGCGGCCGCCGCCAGCCCGCCGGACGCGCCGCCUCCUCCGACCCCCGUCUCGUCGCCGCCGCCCGUCCCCAACCUGAAUGCAACAGGCGGCGAGAAGCUGACAAUCUGUGUGGCCAACUACAGCCCUGUGCCCAUCUCCCUGUGCAACAAUGCCACCGACACAACCGCCGCCAACUUCACGGGGCAUGACGUGGAGAUGCUGCGCAUUGCGGCUGGGCGGCUGGGGCUGACAGAGGGAGUGGAGUACGACUUCAAGUGCGUUUCUUUCUCGACGCUCAUCGAGUCCAUGACGCAGCCUGACGGCCCUUGCUCCGCGGCCGCCUCCGGCAUCACCAUCACCAGCGAGCGGCAGGCGCUGGGCAUCCAGUUCACAUAUCCCUACCUCAAGUCUUCGCUGGGCAUCCUGGUGGCAUCCAACAGCCAGUCGGGCGACGGCUGGGGUUUCAUCCGGCCCUUCGACUGGACACUGUGGCUGGCUCUGUUUCUCACCCUCCUCGCCUUCCCGCCAAUGAUCUUCAUGAUCGAGUUCUUCAGCUUGCGGCGGCGCAUCCAUAGGGAGGACUGGAAGCCGGGCAUCGCGGAAUCCAUGUGGAGGACUGCCCUCAACAUGAUGCUGUACGACAUUGUCAACGUCACCUCCCUGGGCGCCCGCAUGGCGGUGCUGGCCUUCUGCUUCCUGGCCCUGCUGACCACCAGCACUUACACCGCCAACCUGGCAGCCUUUGUGACCAUCAAGUCCCUGGCCACCUCAAUCAACAGCGUGGAUGACCUGCGCGGCAAGGCGGUGGGCACAUCUCCCAUCUGUAAGCACAGGAGCCACCAGCGCCACCAGCAGCCCCAAUGCUGUGGGAUGCUUGUGGGGAUAGUGAAGGUGGACUGCUGCCAGCUCAACAUCAACCGCCUGCGCAAGUAUGGGAUUCAGGCCAUCCCUUUUUCCUUCAACAGCGGCGAAGACUAUGUCGAGUGGGGCGAGCUGGUGGCCACGGGGCAGCUGGCAUCCAUGGUCCGCGACAUGCCACCCAUGCUGUGGCUGGCCAACAACGCGCCUCUCUGCGAGAUAACUGUGCUGCCACAGGAGAUUGAGCCCUUUGACUAUGGCGUGGCUUUCCACAAGAACGUCAGCGACGCCCUGGUGGAGACCUGGAGCAGCAUCAUCCUUCAGAUGCAGGAGGACGGCACCCUGCAGCGCCUCAAGACCUCAUUCAUCUUCAACCCGACGGAGGGCUGCCAGGCCCGCAGCCAGGCGAGCGGCCGGCUCAUUGCCGGGGUGGGCGCCGCGAUUGGCAUCUGCAUCAUGAUUGCCCAGCGGACGCUGAGGAAGGUCAAGAAGCGGCGCGGCAAGCCGGUGUCGCACAAGGAGCCGAUGCCAGAGGGCGGGCGCCAGGCUCCCCGCACGCCGCUUGUGCUGGCCGGGCGGCUGAUGCCUCGUAAGAUGCGCAAGAACGUGCACAGCCUGAGGCGGGACAAGCAGGCAGCCAGCAUGGCGGCAGACGCGGCGCAGCCGCCGGGCUGGGAUGUGGAGAGCCAGUCGGACGCGGGGUGCGGCAGCCACACGCCGCCUGGCUCUGCGGGCGUCCCCGCGCCGCUGCCGGCGGCGGCCGAGCAGCAGGCGGUGCGGCAGCAGCAGCAGCAGCAGCAGCAGCAGCAGCAGCAGCAGGCGGCAGCCUUGCCUCCGGCGGUACAGGAAGAUGACAUCACCCGACGGCCCAGCGCUCUACAGGUGGUGGAUAGCAUCUAUGCCGGCAUACACUGGAAGAGCAGCAUGCGGGACAAAAAGGGCUGA